AUGGCUCUCACAACAGUGCCAUCAACUUGCUCGCACGCUCACAGCGGAGCACUACGGAACCUCGCACCCGAAGAACACAAACGUCUCUUACGGCGCAAGAUCAUCUCUCUCGUCGGCUCGAUAUGCGUUGCGCUCUCGGCUGGUUCCAACUACGCCUUUUCUUCGUUCGCGCCUCAGCUCCAGGAAUCGCUGCACCUCACAUCGACGCAAAUCAACCUGAUAGGUAUCGCAGGAAAUGCAGGCGUCUACCUUUCCUCGCCACUGUGGGGUAGGUUCAUCGACAAGCGUGGACCGCAGACCGCGUUGAUCGUCGCAGCCGUACUCGUGCCUAUCGGAUACGCCGGCCUGUCCAUGUCGUACACCGGUGACUGGUCCUCGCAUUCCACCGGCGUCCUGUUUGGCCUUAAUCUGCUCACCGGCAUCGGCAACAGCGGUGGCUUUACAGCCGCCAUGAACGCUCAGGCCAAGUCGUGGGGUGGUAGCAGAAGGGGCACUGCCACAGCGUUGGUCUUGUCCGGCUUUGGUUUGAGCGCGUUUUUCUACUCGUCGCUCUCGCAUUUGCUCUUUCCGGGAAAUACAGGCGACUAUCUGUUGCUCUUGGCAUUCGGUAGCAUGACGAGCAUGUUGAUCGGGUUAGGUCUGAUCAAAAUCAUCCCGCCUAUCGAAGUCGGUGAUGGCGAGCGAGCGCGAGAUGGCGUGAGGAGCGCCGAACGUGCCGGCUCAACACAAUACUUGCGACGCAGAACAUCUUCCGACAUUGGUGCACGCGCCACCAUCUGGCAGAGUCCAGAAGCGUUGUCUGCCGACGUAACGGACGAUGAAGCUGAUGAGCAGGAGCCAACGUAUUCCAACGCUCGACUCGGCGUCGCAGGGACGUCUCGCAACGCUGGCGCUGCUUACCAAGACGGAACCUCGGCCAUGGCUUCAGAAGCAGCACAGGACAUGGACCCUGAAUCGCAAGGCCUUCUCACUGGACGAGACGAGUCGAAACGUGGUUCGUCUCGAGCCGAAAUCGAUCCUUCGCACAUCGACAUUUCCGGCCGACGUCUGUUCCAACAGGUCGACUUCUUCCUCAUCUUUUUUGUCAUGACGCUCGUCUCCGGUGCCGGGCUGUUGCUGAUCAACAAUGUCGGAACGAUCACAAAGACACUUUGGGACUUUGAUCAUCGCAACGAUCCGGUGCUGGUCGCGGCUGACAAUGCCGAUGUUAUCCGACGAACGCUUGCGUCGAACUCGACAAGGACGACAGCAUCGCAAUUGCAAUCGCCAUUGCAAUUCGAAGCGUUCAAACUGAGCGCCAAAUCGAGCGUGCAACAGUUGCAGGCCAAGCAAGUGUCGACGAUUUCAGUGUGCAACUUUGGCGGGCGCAUCUUUAUCGGAUUGCUGUCCGACCUACUGGUCAACAAGACGGGCAGCGCUUCGAAUCGCGUUUGGCUGCUAAUCGUGGUGACCACGUUGGCACUGGCGAGUCAGCUGCUCGCUGCGCUUCCCGGUGCGGUUACAACAGUGGAUCAUCUGUUUGGCGUCUCGGCUCUGACUGGCUUGGCGUACGGCACACUGUUUGGUGUCUGUCCAACGCUCAUCUUCGAGUGGUUUGGCAUGAAGCACUUUAGUCAGAAUUACGGGUUUGUUAGUCUGUCGCCCGUGGUUGCGGGCAACGUGUUCAACUUGCUCUUUGGGCUGAUCUACGAUAGUCACGUUCCGCAGGACAAGCGCUUGCUAAGCGCGGUAGUGAAUGCUUUCAAGCCGAGCGAGCGACCAGGGACGCCAGAGGAUCAUCCGUCCAGCAGACAUCUGUGUAUGGACGGAGACGAGUGUUAUCGUCAGGUGUUUGUUGUUACCAGUGUAGGCUGCGUUCUCGCUGUCGUGCUGAGUUUCGUGUUGGUCGUUAGGCGCGCAAGCAAGCUUCCGAGCUUCUUGACAAGGUGA